GUUGUGGAAAAGCAAGAAAGAAAUCAUGAAAUCUGCUGUGUUCUUCGUCGCCUUUGUGGCAGCAGUUGCAGCUGACAAAAUUCCUGACUUCGUAGUACCAGGAAAGUGUCCAGCUGUAAACGAGAAAGCUCUCUUCGAACAACAAAUACCUAACCAUUCGAAGUAUGCUGGCGUCUGGUAUGAAAUUGCCCUCACAAACAACCCAUACCAACUCCUCAAGCAGUGCGUCCGCAACGAAUAUUCCUUUGAUGGAAGCAAAUUCAUCGCCAAGUCUACUGGCAUCAACGCUGACGGUAACCUGAUGAGGCACAACGGCCAGGUUCUUCCCAUGCCUCUUGGAGACCCUCAUCUCUCCAUCGACUACGAAGGAUCUUUUACCGCUCCCUAUGUCAUCCUCGACACGGAUUACGAGAACUUCUCGUGCAUCUACUCCUGCGUCGAAUUCAACUUCGGAUACUACUCCGACUUCGCCUUCAUCUUCUCCCGCUCGCCAAGCCUUUCUGACCAAUACCUGAGACGCUGCGAGGCCGCCUUUAAGGACAUCGGCGUCGACGUCUCUCGUUUCGCGAAGACAGUCCAGGGUUCUAACUGCCCAUAUGACACCCAGAAAUCUUUGUAGAUAGCACUAUGAUUUUAGAUGUAUGUUAAUUAUACAAAUAUACCCUUAUAUGCACAUAUAUGUAUGCAAGUGCAGUGACAACAAUUUUUACAUCGAUUUAUCUUUUUUAUAUAAAAUAUCACGUAUU